CGCUUAACCUGUUUAUGCGUCUGUUCGAAAUCAUCAAAUCUGCCCCAAUACCCAAAUUUGGAACGUUGUCGCGCGCGUUUUCGGAAUAUUUUACUACGCGCUUUCAAAUGGCCCCUUGAUAUAAUAAUGCCAAUCCGAAAUCGCCGCUAAGAGGAACACCACAAACAUACAUACAAACCACUUCGAUACAUAUAUAUCCCCUCAUAUCUAGCCCUGUUUCCCUUUUUUUACCCCCCUCCCCAAAGUCGUUCCUUUCGUGGAAUGCGCCACACCACAGAAAGCGCGAGCCCUUCACCCACAAUACCUGCACCCACCACACCCAGCUUUACUUUCAUACCGGAGGACAGCAUGACGAAUGGUCCAUUCCAAGACACGGCAUCCUCGCCACCUUCCUCCUCUAACACCGGAGGACCCAAAUUCCGACCUUACGCGAGCUCAAACCAUCAUGUUACGAAGGGGAGAUACAUUACGAGUAAUGACCCAAGAGGUUACAUACCCGUAUAUGAAUAUCCCUUGCAUGGACAGUGGAUCAUGAUGGACAUUGACGAUGGGUACAUUCUAUGGACUGGAAUAUGGAAAGCACUCGGAAAUUCCAAGGCCGACAUUGUGAAAAUGAUCGACUCCCAGCCUGACCUAGCGGCCCAAAUAAGGAGGGUUAGAGGUGGUUACCUCAAGAUACAAGGGACAUGGAUGCCCUAUGAAGUCGCUCUUCGUCUAUCAAGACGAGUUGCUUGGACGAUCCGUGAGGACCUCGUACCACUGUUCGGGCCCACGUUUCCAUCCACAUGCCUAUCCCCUGACCAACCUGGGUAUGGACAAGUAGUGGCCUCUGGCCCUGGCCGACGAAGGACGAGGAAAAGCAACGCAGUCCAAGCUUCUGUGGCCCCGACCAACCCAUCCAACUCGGCCGCACCUGGAUCGAUGCACCAAGGAUGGACGGUCUUCACUUCCCAGACUCAGUCGGGUGGUCAAGUAGGGUCCUCUCAAUCACAUUCACAGUUUAUCCCACAAUAUGCGCCAUUCUCGGACCUUCCUAACCGUCCAUCACCCUCACCCAUCGAAUCUCAGGGUUACUCCAUUUCUAGGGAGCGAGGAAACGUGAGAUAUGCUCCUUACCCCAACCCUUCACCUCCGCUGUCCGUAUCUGUGCCUCCGUCGACACACCACGACGUCAGAUCUAUCUCGCCUCUAUCUCCUUCACAACACCACCCUCACCCCCAAAUCGUAUUACCACCAAUCGGAAGAGAGUCGGGGUCAACAUUCAUGAAUGGGGGUGCUUCGUACGCCCUCCCUCCCAUAUCCGCUCUGGAGGAUUUGAGAGGAGUGGACGCGAGCGAUUCGGCUGCGGUACUAAGGAGGCUGAAAAGUCCUGACCAGCCUGGCGAUGGUCCUCGCCAUCUGGGGACUCCAAGACCGUCUUCUUCGAGCAAAAGUUCUACCUCCAACUUUUCUAGUCUGUCUUGGCCGCCCCCACAGUAUCAAUCUGUUCAGUCUGCGUUGCCUUCUAUCCAUAAGCUACCCUCGGACCCCUCAAUGCGCUCUCAUCAUACCCUCCGGAGCUAUGAUUCGAGGGACAGCAUGAGCUCGAGUAGAUUAAGCGUCUCGUUAACCUCCGACUCUUCGUGUGCUCCCUCACCAAUAUCCCCUCCUUCUCCGUCGACUCCUGCGACUCCGCAUAGCGCUAUCAGCAUGGUUUCGGCCUUUGGCCGGGAGUCAGUGUCAAAGGAACAUCAUCACUUCUUUUUCUCCCAACACCCGUCCUCUGACCACUCUCGAGUGUCGCUCCCCACUGACUCUAGGAGAGGUUCGUCUGGUAGUGAAUCCUUGAGUCGACGGUCGUCGGAAUCGUCAGAGAUGCAUCUCGAUCAUCGGCACCAGCCCCAUCGUCCCUGGUAGUUUGUUCCCUAUUUGAAUUUGUAGUAUUUUGGAAUUUUGUCUUUCUUUUUUCUCUCUCUUAAUUUUUUUUCCGUCUCCCCCCCUCUUUAUGUUAGGGCCCCCUCAAUCAAACUCAUCAAGUUAAAAAGUUUUUUGUUGUAUUAUUAUUAACUUUGACCGACCGUAAUGUAGUAGCCCAUUCAAAAUUCGUACAUUAAUUCGCCCCUCCCUACCACCGCUUUUUUUGUCCCUUCGAUUCUUUCGACGGCACGCACGUAACAUACUAAUUUCGAGUUCACAAGUCUAUAGUUUUAUUUUCCCCCUCUCUUAUCCAACCUGCAGCUGGGAGUUGCCCUUUAGUUAUAAUUAUACCAGUACAAUACGUUCAGUAAACCGUGAAUUCAUGGUUACACGAAUUCAGUCUUGGAGAAUACGGUCGCA